AUCUAUAUCCUCUCUUUCUCAAGAAGAUAAGUAAGAGAGAGAAUUAAAUUUACAGGUGAAAGAAAGAUAAAAAUGGCGACGCUUUCAAUGGUGUCAUGGCUCUCAACUGGAGCUAUAAUUAACCGUACUUCUUCAAUUACAGGAAAACCCACUAAAAGUGUCACCUUUAAUGGCGCUUUUACUCGUUCUGGGUCACUUCAUUGCUCUUUUUUGGCUCCUUCAUCUUCUCUCUCCUCCACUUCUUUCUCAGGAUUGUCAUUGGGAUUGGAUUUGGCAUCAAACCGUGGAGCCGGUGCCAAUAGAUGCCGUCGGUUGGUGGUGCGGGCUGGGAAGGCAGCUCUUUGCCAAACCAAGAGAAGCCGAUCUAGGAAGUCAUUGGCUCGGACACAUGGUUUUCGGUUGCGAAUGAGGACUACUAGUGGAAGAGCUGUGUUACAGCGUAGACGUGCCAAGGGACGCAAAAUUCUCUGCACCAAGUCAAACCCAAGCAGCGGGAAACGAGUCAGUACUUAAGUAUGAUUGUAUGAGAGUGUAAAUUUUUGUGCCUGUAAACCUUGAUUUCGUGUCAAAUUAUUUCCUCUAAACAUUUGAUAUGAAGCCUUUUGUUCUCAAGCAUCAUCCUUAAAAUAUGAAUUCUCUUAGUUUGACAGCUCUUGUUUCACUCUUUAAACUUUGGUUCAAAAACCAAACAUAGCGUUCUUUGUCCACACAGUUAUCUACUUUUUACCCUAGUUUGUGCA